AUCCGUUACUUUGAUUAUCCAUUUCAGUGGCGAGCCCAUGACGGUCUAGUGCUGUCUCUGAGCUGGUCGGGGCAGUCGAACAUUAUAGCCUCUGGCGGUGAGGAUUUCCGAUUCAAGAUCUGGGAUGCCCAGGGCGCCAGCCUGUAUACGAGUGCGGCCGAGGAGUAUGCCAUAACGAGCGUGGCCUUCAAUCCGGAGAAGGAGUACCUGCUGGUGGGCACCUUCAACAUGCUCAAGCUGUGCCACAGCACGGGCUGGUCCUAUAGCAGUGCACGCUUCACGGCGCCGAGUGUGGGCUCCUUUUACACCUUGUCCUGGUCGGCGGAUGGCACUCAGGUGGCCUGCGGCAGUGCCACGGGGCAGCUGAUUGUCGGCUACGCUGUGGACCAGCAGCUCAUCUCGCGCAACCUGAAGGCAACGAGCACGGGUCGCAAGUGCAUUGCACUCCAGGACAUCGCCAAUGGCAGCAAGGAUGUGCUGGAGUUUCCGCAGCGGGUCAUCAACUUCGCUCUCGGCUAUGGGCAUCUGGUGGUAGCCACCACCCAUCAGCUGCACAUCUAUAACGAGAAGUACAUCAACACCCCGAUCAUCAUCGAUGGCCGCAACGAUACGCGCGUCAUUGAGGUGGGCAAGAAGUACUUCAUGGUGCUGGAUGCCGCCUCCAUUUGGGUGUACACCUACACGGGUCGUUUGCAUCUCAAUCCCCGCUACCCGGGCUCACAGGCGCAGCUCCCGCUGCUCAACAGGCGCUCCAUUUCCCUGGGCCUCGAUGUGCUAGCCAUACGAGACAACUCGGAGACCUCGCUGCUGCAUCUCUUCGAUCUGAUUCCGGGCGCCUCACGGCAAUACGAGCCGCAGUCCCUGAGAGCCAAGCAGCAGCUAGCCGAGAUCGCUGCCUGUCGCGCCGGCAGUCCGGACGAUCAGUUCAUCGCCUUCAUUGAUACCAAUCGAGAGCUGUACAUCAGCGAGACACGAAACAUUAGCGGCAACUCCUCGACGGAUCGCGCGGCCAAUGACUCUGAUGAGAUCUACAAGAUCGGCACUCAGCUGACAGCCAUCAGGUGGGCCAGCGAGACGAACAUCUUAGUAGGUGUGCACGACUCCUGCUACAGCAUCUGGUACUGUCCUGGCGAGGGCUCUGCCGAUCCCACCAUCAUCGCCCUGACCACCAUCACACUGGACACAGCUGAGUUUGGCAAACACGUGGCCAUCGAUAGCUUUGAGGAUGCCGUGAUUACCUUUCGCUGCGCUGGCGCUCUGCUGCCGGUCAACGUGAACAUCUACUGCGAGGUGUUGCAUCGCACUCUGCAGGAGGGUCAGUGGCAGCAGGCGCUAAGGAUCUGUCGGCUGGCGCAGCACACGAGUCUGUGGGCCACGUUGGCCGCCGUCGCCACGCGCAAGCAUCAGCUGCAGCUCAGCGAGGAGGCCUACUCGGCUGCCCUGCAGAUCGACAAGGUGAGCUAUCUGCAGUACCUGAAGACGUUGUCGCCAUCGAGCGCCGAGCAGAUGGCCGAGAACUCGCUGAUGCUGGGCCGCUUGCUCGAGGCGGAGACCAUACUGCUGCACAAUCGCAAAUAUGAGCAGGCCGUAGCGCUGGCCCUGCGCAUGCACAGCUGGAAGCGGGCACUAGAAAUAGCACUGAAACAUCAGGCGGAGCAGCCCGACUUAGAGCUCGUGCAGCGCGUGCUGCGGGAGCGACAGCGCUACCUGAAAGCCUUGCAGCGCGAUGAGUGGGAUGCACUGUAUCUCAGUCAAAUCAAAGACGGUAAUGUUAGUGAAUAA